UUCCUGAUUGGACGGUGAAGGUCUGUGAAGGAGCGGAUCAUCUGUACAGCUGAAUAUCCGUGACAGGGUUUUACAGCCACACUCCAGACUGUGAGUGUAAAGAGGAAAGCUGGCUGUGGGCUGGAUUUACGAACCUUUUACACCGUUCUGCUUUUAAGCCUGGGACAUCUUUGCAAUGGAGGCAGGACCGUGCUCUGUGAGAGAAACUCCACACACUCCUGCUGCUCAACACUUACAGCUUUCUGACAAUAUGCACACUGAGGCUUUUAUCACUUUGGAUGAAGGAAUGUCCAUCAUUAGUGUGGAGCAUCUGGAUGGAGAUUUCCUAAAAACACAUUUAAAACAGGAAGAAUCUGAAGAUGAGGACUUUCUCUAUGAAGGUACACUGAACUCUGUAAACUGUUUCACCCCUGAUGAUCAGAUGGAUGGAGGAUUCCAGAUGAAGCAGCUCAAAAAGGAGGAACCAGAAGAUGAUGAAUACCUCUACUGUGAGGGUUGCAGAUUGUUCUUCAUUAACAAAUGUGAGGUUCACGGUCCAGCUCUCUUUAUCCCUGAUACCCCUGUUCCCCUGGGAGUCCCUGAUCGAGCUAGGCAAACACUUCCACUUGGUCUGGCAGUCCAGGAGUCCAGUAUUAGUGAUGCAGGAUUGGGAGUGUUUAAUAUGGGAGAGACUGUUCCAGUUGGUGUGCACUUUGGGCCUUAUCAAGGAGACUUAGUAGACUGUAAGGAAGCCAUGAACAGUGGCUACUCUUGGGUGAUCCACAGGGAUGGUCAGUGUGAACAGUACAUCGACGGCAGAAAAGAAGUGCAUGCUAACUGGAUGAGGUUUGUCAAUUGUUCGUGCGAUAACAAGGAGCAGAACCUUGUGGCAUUUCAGUAUCAUGGUGGAAUUUUCUACCGUUGCUGUCGACCCAUUAGACAAGGACAGGAGCUUUUGGUGUGGUACACUGAGGAAUAUGGCAAAAAUCUCAGCGUUGCAUUUGGUUACAUAUGGAAGAAAAAGUGCACUGCAAAUGAAACACAUAUUGAAGCAAACCAAUGGAUGUCCACACAAGACAAGCCUCAUCAGUGCUUACAGUGUGGUAAGAGAUUUACUGAGAGAGGUACUCUUGACAAACACUAUCGUAUCCACACAGGGGAGAAGCCAUAUCACUGCUCAGAAUGCGGAAGGAGUUUUACUCAGCGGAGUACUCUCCAACGACAUCAGCGCAUCCACACUGGAGAGAAACCAUAUUUGUGCUCACACUGUGGAGACAAAUUUUCUAACCAGAGUAAUCUCCAACGACACCAACGUGUCCACACUGGAGAAAAACCGUAUCACUGCUCACUGUGUGGGAAGAACUUUACACAACGGAGUACUCUCCAGCGACACCAGCGCAUUCACACUGGAGAAAAACCUUACCAGUGUCUCCACUGUGGGGAGAGAUUUACUCACCAGAGCCUACUCCAGUCACACCAACGCCUUCACACUGGAGAAAAACCCUAUCACUGUCCAUUGUGUGGAAAGAGUUUUACUGAGAGAGGUGCUCUCAAGAAACACCAACGCAUUCACACAGGAGAGAAGCCAUAUCAAUGUCCAGAGUGUGGGAAGAAUUUUACAGAGAAAAGUGCUCUUAAGAAACAUCAACGCAUUCAUACAGGAGAGAAACCAUAUUACUGCUCGCAGUGUGGGCGGAGCUUCACUUUUUCAAGUUCUUUCAGUACACACAAGUGCACUAAGACUCAGCUGUUAGCUUGCACCACAUAGAUUUUCCACCUUCCAUCCAUUAUCUGCACCACUUAUCCUGUGUAAGGUCACAGGGAACCUGGGGCAAAAGGCAUAUGGUACACCUGGAUGGGGUGCCAAGGCGCAAACACACACUCUGACGUACAUUAUGGACAAUUUGGAAAUGACUUUUCCACACAUUGGGGUUUAAAACAGCUACAAAUGCAUUUUUAUCAUGUUAGUAUUUUUUUUGUUUUUACCAUGGAUGUGUGUCCUUUUUUUGACAAACAUUUAGAGUGCUUAUGUAACCUGUUAUGUCUUUUAACUACACUGUGUGUUCUUGCAUUGACCUAAAAUGCAAAAAUCGAUUAAAAGUUUGUAAAAUUAUGUAUUUUGUGACUGAUGCCAUACUAUCCAA